AUGCAACGGGCGUCCAUCUCCCUGUAUAAGAAACCUCCCUUUCAAAAUGAACCAGCUAAAGCAUACGCAAAGUCAUCCCCAGAGCGAGCCCAAUUGACCGCAGCCAUUGCCAACCUGAGGAAGAGCUUCCCUGUUGAGAUUUCUCUACCGAUAAGUGCAAAGGGGAGAAACCCGGCAUCCCAUAAAGAAGUCAUUGCCAAUUGGCAAGCUGCUUCUGAGCAGGACGUGGAGAAUGCCAUCUCUGCUGCGCUGAAAGCCAAGACAUCUUGGGAGAAUACAAGUCUGAAAGACCGGGCUGCCGUCUUCCUGCGGGCGGCUGAGCUGGUCUCCGACAAAUACAGGUCUGAAAUCGUGGCAGCCACGAUGCUGGGACAGGGUAAGAAUAUCUGGCAGGGCGAGAUCGAUGCCGCGGCGGAAGUGUGUGAUCUGAUGCGAUUCUACGUGCAGUCUGCACUUGAAUUGAACGCUCAGCAACCCGUCGUCAACGAGUUUGGGUCAUGGAACAGGCAGGAAUAUCGCCCCCUGGAGGGGUUUGUCUAUGCCGUCUCCCCGUUUAACUUCACGGCUUUGGGUACAAAUCUUGCCUUCAGCCCUGCCCUGAUGGGAAAUGUGGUGCUCUGGAAGCCAUCCCACUAUUCUCUCCACGCAAGCUGGCUACUGUACAAUAUCUUCUUGGAGGCAGGUCUGCCACGGGACGUGGUCCAGUGGGUGCCUGGGGAUGCUGAGAUGGUCACUCGGGUCUGUCUCGCACACGAAGAAUUCGCUGGACUCAACUUCACCGGGUCCACGAAAGUUUUCAAGUCGCUGCUGGGCAAAAUUGGACAAGGGACGGCGGACGACAUCUACCGUCAAUACCCACGCGUUGUCGGCGAGACGGGUGGCAAGAACUUCCAUCUGAUCCAUUCCAGUGCCGACAUCGACAAUGCCGUGAACCAGACCAUCCGCGGCGCAUUUGAAUACCAGGGCCAAAAAUGCUCUGCGACUUCGCGCAUCUAUGUUCCGGAGUCCGCCUGGCCCGAGUUCAAGUCGAAGAUCGUUGAGAGGACGAAGGAACUCAAGGUCGGAAAGCCAGAGCAAUACGACAAUUUCAUCAACCCGGUCAUCCACGAGGAGGCCUUUGACCGUCUGGCGGCCGUGAUCGACAAGGCGAAAUCCGACCCCAAGCUCACCCUGCUGGUUGGUGGCCAGGCCUCCAAGGAGGAAGGGUACUAUGUCCACCCGACCCUCUAUCGGACUUUGGACCCGCAGCACGAAAUCAUGAAGCGGGAGCUAUUCGGCCCCGUGGCAGCCAUCUACGUGUAUCCGGACGGUGAGUGGGAGAAGAUCAUCGAAACAGUGGAUUCCACGUCGGAAUAUGCUCUUACCGGGAGUGUGUUCGGGCGCGAUCCGGAGGCCCUGAGCUACGCGGAGAAGAAACUGCGUCAUUCGGCGGGCAAUUUCUAUAUCAACGUCAAGAGCACGGGGGCAGUCAUCGGGCAGCAGCCGUUUGGGGGGUCUCGCGGCAGCGGAACGAACGACAAGAUUGGCACGGUGAAUGCGAUCAGUCGGUUUGUGAGCGUGCGGACGAUCAGCGAGAAUUUCGGCUCCUUGAAGGAGAUCCAAUAUCCGAGCAAUAUUGUUUGA